AUGUUUGACUGUUGCUUGAAGUCGGCGCGGGGCCGGCAGCUCCCAACGAGGAAAGACUCGAAGAUGUUCCGUAUGGCCCGGACGGGGAGGCCCCCGUCUCUGUUGGAGUUCUCGGCCGCCAAGGUUCUGGAGAGGUAUAAUGAGCAGCAAGAGAAGAUCGCCCCUGAGAGACCGUACAUCAUUCGAGCCAUACGCCCUGAGGAGCUAGAACAGGCCUUCAAGAUUCGCCAGCAAACCAACUACGUCUUCUCUAAGGCUAGUAUGGAGACCGCCUGGAGAGUGACUCCCGACUAUUUCCUCGCUGCAGUCAAUGCUGACGGAGAGUUGUUCGGCACGGUGUCCAUGGUUCAUUACGCAGAUGGCGUCGUCUACAUGGGACUGCUCGCAGUCAAGCCAGAGCUACGGGGUCAGCGCAUCGCCGCCGAGCUCUUAGCCGCCGCCUUCGAAAAAGCAGAAGAGUACAACAUGUACAUGCGCUGCGCCCUCACCCUGGAGCCGCUCUUCAACAAGAUGGAAAAGUUCAUGAUUCGCGCGAAGGUCCUGCUGGGACGAAACGCGCCGGUGAUCCUCACCAAAGACGACCUCCGCGUCAGAAAGAGCCACGUGACUGUAAACAACUUUAAGGAGACGCUCCUGGGCGUCCUCUGUCGCUACGACAUCGGAGUGGUGAAAGUUGACAGGUCAAUCCUCCUCCAGGCCACAAUCGACGAGGAAGGGGCCUUGACGAAGGUCGCAUUCGGCGAAGACGGCAAAGUUGUCGGAUACUGCGUGGUUCAGGAAAUGAGCGAUGGCUCCUGGUGCUUUUAUCAGCUGUCCGCGGACGAUCGAGAUAUCGCCAGGAUGCUGAUUCGCAGCUUUGUGGACAGCUGUCCGAUGGCAUCCAGCGUCGGCGUCGUCCUCAUCUGUCCCCUGUGGCCUGACGAGGAACAUAAUUUUCUACACGAUUUAGGGUGGAAGGUGAAGAGCAGAUCCGUGUGUAGAUUUAGCUCGUACGAGAUUGAUUUUGAUUACAGCAGGAUCUAUUCAAUGUAA